AUGUUACAACUUUCCACUCUGAAACGCAGACUUGUAACUCUCUUAGAAGAAUUUAAGCGGGCGAGACAAUUUUGGUCCGAUCUUAAUGAUGAGGGCCUUACUCUAGCAAAUACAUUGGUCAAUACAAAAUUGCAAGAACGUCUUACAGAUAAUCCACCAGAGUGGGCACCAGAAUCAAACGAUGUUACACGCUUGAAUGACGGUCAAAGUAUUCUUGAUGACAAAAUUAUCGCUUUAAAAGAAUCACUUCAACAAAUCGUCGAAAAAAUGGCAAAACAACUUACAAAAAUGAAAAUGCAAAUUCUUCAAAUGGAAUUCCUUCUUGAAGAAGCAUGUGAAAGCAUGGGCGAUGAAAUUGUUUAUAAUAAUCCACUAUAUUUAUCAUGUUCAUUGGAAACGUUUGUUGAAUUUUCUGUUAUUAUCUUUAAUAUGUUUACUCAAGAAAUGGAUCUUAAACAAAAAAUAAUUUUAUCUCUUGAAUUGGAAUUGGAAAACCAACAAUUUAUGGUAAUUUUAUCAACUUGGUUAAAUCAACCAUAUAUUGAUUUUGAUAAAAUUAUGGAAUUUGAAAAUAUUUGUAAAAUUGAAAUAGAAAAUAAAGAAAAUUAA